AUAACACAUUGAUCAAUAGAAGAAAGCAGUUCAGCAUCAUUAUAGUUCUAGUUUUGGUAUUUUUAGCAUGGAAAAACAUGGUGAGGAAGAAGAGUUUGAUGGUUUCAGCUACGAUGUGUUCAUUAGUUUUAGAGGUGAAGAUGCUGGGAAAAAUUUUGUAGGACAUCUCCGUAGAGAGUUGGGUAGGGAGGGAAUAAACACAUUCAAUGAUGACAGGGAUAUGAGGACAGAGGAAGGUCUUUCACCAGCUGUGUGUGAGGCCAUUGAAGAAUCUAAUAUUUUCAUAGUUGUGUUUUCUGAGAACUAUGCAUCUUCCACGUGGUGUCUGGAUGAACUUGUUAAGAUUAUCCAACGCACCCACAUCAACAGUAAGCAAGUUGUUUACCCAGUGUUCUACCAUGUAGAUCCCUCAGAUACAAGGAAAAUAAAAGAUAGUUUCGAAAAACACAUGAUGGCACACGAAAAUGAGAUUGGAAAAGAGUCGCAGAGAAUACAAGCUUGGAGGUCUGCUUUGUUUGAAGCAGCUAGCUUGCCAGGGAUGCAUGUUCCCACCGGGAAUGAUGAAAACGAUAUUAUUGAAAAAAUUGUUGAAAAGGUUCGUAGAAGCAUAGCUCCUAAACCUUUAUAUACGGGUGAAAAUGUUGUUGGACUGAAGCCCCGAGUAGAAGAGGUUAUGUCACUUUUGGACAUGAAGCCUAAUGACAAAACUGUAAGGAUGUUGGGCAUAUAUGGACUUGGUGGAAUUGGAAAAACAAAACUUGCAAAAGCUUUGUAUGAUAAAAUUGUGCACAACUUUGAUGCUGCAAGUUUUCUUGCCGAUGUUAGAGAAAACUCAAAAAGAAUCAAUGGCAUGGAAGAUCUACAAAAGACACUUUUAUCUGAGAUGUUUGAGGAGUUGGAAACUGAAUUGGGAAGUGCAUAUAAAGGAAUAUACGAAAUAAAACGAAAGCUCCACCGGAAGAAACUUCUUUUGGUUCUUGACGACGUUGAUGAUAAAGAAGAGUUAGAAAAGUUGGCAGGAGGGUGUGAUUGGUUUGGUCCAGGUAGUAGGAUCAUUGUAACCACAAGGGAAAAAGAUGUCCUAAAUGCUCACCAUGUUGGAAAUAUUUAUGAAAUGAAGGAACUUGAUGAACAACAUUCUUUAGAGCUCUUUUGUUGGAAUGCCUUCGGACAAGGUUGUCCUAAAACAGGUUUUCAAGAUGUGUCCGUGCGUGCUGCAGGUUACGCCAAAGGUGUUCCACUGGCUAUACAGGUGAUAGCCUCUGACUUAGCUAAUCUUCAUGAAGAAAGUUUAGAUGCCUGGGAAGAUGCAUUGGAAGAAUACGAGAAGACUCCUUCAAAGAAAGAGAUUCAAGAUGUGCUUAAAAUAAGCUACGAUAGAUUGGAUGUUGAUGCCAAACAAGUUUUCUUGGACAUAGCUUGCUUCUUUAAAGGGGAGAGAAUGGAAUAUGUGAAAAAGAUACUUAAGGAAUUUUGUUCAACAUCCAACAUGAAAGUACUUGUCAAUAAAUCACUCAUAACUAUCGAGAAUGACAGGCUGAAGAUGCAUGAUCUAAUACAAGAUAUGGGUAGACAGAUUGUUAGGCAGGAAGCACCAGAUAAUCCUGGACAACGUAGCAGAAUAUUGGAUUACGAAGAUGUUAUUGAAAUACUAACGAAAGAUUCGGGAAGUGAUAAGAUUCAAGGGAUUAAGCUAGAUCCUCCUAAGCAAGCAGAAGUAAAAUGGAGUGGAACUGAGUUUGGGAAAAUGAAAUGGCUCAGAAUUCUAAUUGUUCGAAACACAUCCUUUUCAUCUGAACUUCAACAUUUACCAAAUCAUUUAAGACUACUUCACUGGGACAACUAUCCUUCAAAGUCUUUCCCCCAAAAAUUCCAUCCAAAGAAAAUCGUUGUUUUCAAUUUGCCUAGAAGUUCUCUAACAUUCCAAGACCCAUUCAAGAAAUUUCCAUGCUUGACUAAUAUGGACUUUUCAUAUAACCAACGUAUCAUCGAAAUACCUGAUGUGUCUGAACUUCAGAAUCUAAGAGAACUGAGACUUGAUCAUUGUAGAAACCUAAUUGCAGUCCAUCAAUCUGUUGGAUUUUUGAAAAAGCUUUCUCAUUUAAGUGUUUCAGAAUGCACAAAACUUCAAAACUUCCUGUCCAGAAUGUUUCUACCAUCUUUAGAAGUUUUUGAUCUUAAUCUAUGUGAAAGAGUUGGUCACUUCCCAGAGAUAAUGCAAGAAAUGACAAAGCCAUUGAAGAUUUAUAUGAUAAAUACGGGUAUUCAAGAGCUUCCGGAAUCCAUUAGUAAACUUAUUGGGCUUGUUUUUAUAGACAUAUCGAAUAACAGGCAACUUAAAUAUCUGCCAAGCAGCUUAUUCAUGUUGCCAAAUGUUGAUUCCUUCAAAAUCGAAGCAUGUUCGAAACUUGGACAAUCCUUCAGAAGUUUGGUUCAACACCCUUCAAAAGUCAAUGUUCGUCCGAAAUUACGAUCACUGAAUUUUCAAAAGGGUAACUUGUCUGAUGAAGAUCUUCUUGCGAUUCUUUGCUACUUUCCGAAAUUGGAAGAAUUGAUUGUUUCAGAGAACAAUUUUGUAUAUAUCCCUUCAUGCAUCAAGGAAUGUGGUGACUUGACAAGUCUCGAUUUGAAUGGAUGUAAGAAGCUUAAAAAAAUUCCAGAACUCACUAGCUUGAGAAUUCUUGAUGUUCAUCAUUGUUCAGACCUUGAAGAAAUUUCAGAGUUGCCGUCUACUGUUGAGAAAGUAGAUGCAAGAUUUUGUUUCAAGUUAACAAAAGAGACAUCAGACAUGCUAUGGUGUCAGGUGAAGAAAGGGGUUGGUGGAAUUGAAAUGGUGAUGCCACUUAUAACUGAGAUUCCAGAAUGGUUUAAUUUUGUGGAGGUCGGAACGAUUCCGGGUUUCUGGGUUCGUGGCAAGUUCCCUAACAUUGUUCUAGCCAUGAUCUUCCACUUCCCAAAUCAGAGUCAAAGCGACGAAUUUGUUCGCCGUCGCCAUGUUGAUCUGCGUUUAGUUAUCAACGGUCGAAAUGCUUUUGGCAAAGGGUAUCACAACUUUAUAAUUGAAGCAGGACACGUGUUGAUCUGUGAUCUACGAGUUUUGUUCAGUGAGAAGGAGUGGUUUGGCCUUGAUGCACUUCUGGAGAAGGAGUGGAAUGUGGUGCAGGUUGAGUAUGAAGCCACUUCGUCCUUGAUGAUAAGUAGUUGGGGAGUGUUUUUGUAUGAAGAAGGAAGCAAUAUGGAAGAUCUCCUAUUCAAUUGUCCCAAUCACAUGGACUCAGAGAAGAUGCCACCGGCAAUAGUUCCUGAGAAAGAUCCUAUGGAGAAAUAUAGAAAGAUGAUACGCGAGCUACGUCUGGACGAAACAUUUAAGAACACGUUGACGGAAUGGCAGGAGGACAAAGAAAGAGGAGGGGCGGGGGUUCAUGACGAUUGCAUCCGUACGGUAUUGGGAGAAUCUAAGAAGAUAUCAAAGGAUGCUGAGGAUGCAUUGAAAUCAAAUGGGUCAGCUUUAGAAGAUCCAAACUCCUACCUAAGGUGGCUUCUAGAUACGGUAGAAAAUGAUGACGGAAAGCCUAAAGUGAUUUUCAAAGAUGAUCUGGCGUUGAUAAGACUAGAGGAACCAGUGACAGGGAAGAAGAAGGAUAACGUAGGAGAAGCUUCAAGCUCUGGCCAUCAGGAAAGCAAGGAGGAGGAAGAAGGCUACGAUAUCCCUUUUUAUACUAAUUUUGUUGUCAGAAAACAAACAGUAGACGAUUCUCUGCCGGAGGACAUAGUGAUGGAAUUAUUGUGUGAAGGAAUGAGGGAUGGACUUGUUGAGGCACAGAAUGGAUUUCCUUCUCUAGAUAUUGCUGAAACCAGUAACGCUGUGUUGGAGAAGGGUGAUAAGGUUAGAUGGGCACCUGAAGUAGAAGAGCAAAUAUCGGUGGAAAGUAGGAUAUACAUGACUGGAAUUUACUCUGGACUCAAAGAAGCAAAGCUGAGGUUUCCUGAUUUGGACAUCUGGGCAACAAUAAAUACUGUGGCAAAAAGGAAAGGGAUCGAAGGAAUUUUUGUAUCAGCCUCUCAAGAAAAGCUGGGGUUCCCACAUUUGGAUUGGAGUACAGUGAAAGUUCCUCCUUCUGAGGACCCUCUGAUGCAAAUAUUCAUGAAGAUGAAGCAACAAAGUAAUUUUGAAGGCGAGGUGAUGAAUAAACUGUUCUGGAAGUUGAAGGAGGAACACGAAGUUCUGCGCAACAAAUUUGCAGAACUUGAUGAUGGAAAUGAAAAUGAAUAUGAUGAGUGUGUUAAGAAGAGAGAAGAGAAGCUUGAUGGUGUGGGAAAAUAUGAAGAGAUUAGUGGUGUUUUGAGAGAAAGAGGUGAAGAAAUAGAAAGGCUGUACGAUGCUGGGGUUGAAGGAUUCAAGAGAUCAGAAGAGUUUGAAGAUGUGAUGGGUGCAAUAUACUUGAAUGGGCUUAGGGCAGGACUCCUUGAAGCACAGGCUCUCUUACUUAAUCUCCUUACUCCACACAGAAACUGAGCAACCUCUCACUGCAGAUGCUAAUGAUAUGUCUGUUUUACUGUAAACAAACCAAUAUUAAUGAAAAUAAAAUAAAUGCAAAGUCGAGUUUGCAUUGCAGGAUAA